AGUGCCACAUCAGGAAUGCCAAGGGAUGCAUUCAGAGGCUGAUGAAGGGAGGGUGCACGACGAGGCGCGCCAACAUCGCCGUUGUUGCGCUGUGGCUUAGCCUGAUAGUGUCAACAGUUCUUACGCCAGUCAUCACACAAUCCGGGAGUAACCUACUUUUGCCGACGACCCACUUGCCGCGAUCGGUGAAUAUAUUGUCGUUGGUUCAACUUGGACCACUAGAACUAGUAGUACUGCCACUUCAAGGACACUUUCCACUCCGCAAAGGACAAUUGCAUAUAUCCUAAGCCGUCAGGGGUGCUCUCUCACAUUCCUGGCGGUAACUUGCUCGCCGUAUUGUGACUGAAAUGUAUUACUGGC